AGCUGCAAUCCACGUACCAGUACGCGAUCAGUGUCAAACAGUCAAUCAGUGCGUUAGGGUGGUGAAGCGUCUUGCGUGGCGUUAUAUCCUAUUUUGUGAAGCCUUGUCGUGCCAAGUAAGAGAGAACGGUAUUUUCGGUGUUUUGCGCUCGAACCACAUUUCCCGAGGUAUUUCGAGGUUUUAAAAUUAAAUUGUAUCGUUAGUGGAAAACGUCACUAAGACACAUUUAUAAGACAUCAUUUACAAGUUGUGCAUGCCAAACAUAAAUUCUUGAACUGCUAUCAACAAACAACGGAAGGAGUUAAAGACAAUAUGGCAAGUCGAAUGAAGGCUUUAUACGAUCAGGUCAUUUUUGAGAGGCGAAUUCUCCUGGGUUGCACAGUUCUUGUAGGACUUUCUGCAUGCGUGUGGUCUGUUGCUAUAGGAACUGACUAUUGGUAUAUAAUAAAAUCGCCGGAUGAUAAAGGUUUGCCUUUAGAAGGUAUUGAUAAUAUUGGUAGAAGAUUAAUCUACAAACACAUGGGUCUUUGGAAAGGUUGUAUUACUGGAUUGAAACCUGAAUCAAAAAAUUCUACAAAUCUAGUGCAUUAUGAAGAGUGCAAGUAUUUGAAUAUGUUCCCGACGGAGAUACAGAUAAAACUGGAUCCAACCAUAAACGAAACAACGCUGACUUAUGCCAGGACUCAGGUUUCAUUUGCCUUAAUUAGUCUGUUUGUGAUGAUUAUGAGUGUUUGCUUUUCCAUUUAUACAUUCCGGAAUCCACGCUAUAUGUUUAAACGUCUUGCUGGAGGAAUUCAUUUCAUAAGUGCCGCUUGCAACAUGGCUGUAAUACAAGUUUUACUUUCAUCAAUCGAGUACGAGAGUAACCACGUUUUCGAGAACUUUCCGAAAGGCGCAUUGAUGAGAUACCACUAUUCCCUUAUCCUAGCAUGGAUUGUGUUCUUAUGCAACUUUAUAGCCGGCUUCGCCUUCAUGCUCUUCUCGAGAAAGAGGAAAAGGGAUAAAGCACCCACGGAAGAAAUAGCUAUGGCUGAUGAACCAACGAUAAUCGGACGCUAAAAAUGUUAUUUUUGUUAUUCUUGUUGAGAUUAUUGUUAUUCUUGUUGUUAUUUAUUACAAUUAUAAGACUUGAGUGAAUCAUAAAUAAUACAACUUCAACUUGUGCUUGAUUUAUUUCUGUGAAUUACGAAACUAUAAACUUUUAAAAAUAUAUGUACACUUUAUAUAUAUCUUCAAACUUUCUUUUUUUUAAUUUAAUAAUUUAAAAAAUAUGAUCUUACUCUCUGUUUGGUAGUUUUCUGUCAUAGUAUGUAUUAUAUUUUCGCUAACAAUAAAUAUAUAUUGUUGUGCAUCC